ACUCUCACUCUCGCUCUCGCUCUCGAGAGAAGAGGAGGAGGGGCAUCUCUGCUCUGAUUUGCUAAAUACUACUCUACUAACCACUCUGGUCUUUUGACAAAAAAAAAAAAAACCCCUCUGUUCUCUGGCCAUCCCUCUCCACUCACUCUCUCGCUCUUUUCCACUGUCCAUAGCCUUAGCGUGUUGUGUUGUCCUCCAUUUUAGUGUGGAGGAUUGGAAUCUAAACCCAUAAAGGAAAAGCUUUUCGUUUUCUUUACUACACUCCCUCCGUAGAGUAGAUCAGUCAAGAAGAUCUACGAUGAUGAUAGACAGGCACUUCAUGAAACAAAAGAUGGAAACAAAAGAAGCAGGCUGCUGCUGCUGCUUCUUCACCCUUCUUCGCCUCCACAACCACCGCAUUUCUUCACUACUCUUGAUUCUCUUUGUCGUCGUCGUCGUCUCACCAGAAUUCAUCACUUGCGCGGCUCCCAUUGCCAUUAACUACGGCCAGAUCGCCAACAACCUCCCUUCCCCUGAAUAUGUCGUCCCUCUCGUCAAAUCCAUCGGCGCCACCCGCCUCAAGCUCUACGACGCCGACCCCACCGUCCUCAAGGCCUUCGCCAACACCGGUGUCGAGUUCAUCGUCAGCCUCGGCAACCAGUACCUUUCCAAGACCAGGGACCCCAAGCAAGCUCUCGCCUGGGUCAAGGCCAACGUCCAACCCUUCCUCCCCGCCACUAGAAUCACCUGCAUCGCCGUCGGCAACGAGGUCCUCACCUUCAACGACACCUUCCUCUCCUCCAACCUCCUCCCCGCUAUGCAGAGCGUCUACUCCGCCCUCUGCUCCCUCAACCUCCAGGACAAGGUCUCCGUCACCACCGCCCACUCCCUCGCCGUCCUUCAGACCUCCUACCCCCCCCUCCGUCGGCAAGUUCCGCCCGGACCUCGCCCCUGCUUGACCGCCAUCCUCAACUUCCACCUCAAGACUGGCUCCCCUUUCCUCAUCAAUGCCUAUCCCUACUUCGCCUACAAGGCCAACCCCAAGCAGGUCCCUCUCGAGUUCGUCCUUUUCCAGCCCAACCCCGGGAUCCUCGAUCCCGCCACCAAUCUCCACUACGACAACAUGCUUUUCGCCCAGAUCGACGCCGUCCAUUCCGCCGUCGAGUCCCUGGGGUUCAAGGACGAUGCGGUGUGCGUCCAGAUCUCCGAGACCGGCUGGCCCUCCAAGGGGGACGCCGACGAGGCCGGAGCCACCCCGGAGAAUGCCAAGAAGUACAACGGCAACCUCAUCAACAAGCUGGUGUGCGGGAAGAAGGGGACGCCCAUGAGGCCCAACGCCGACUUGAACAUCUACGUCUUCGCCCUUUUCAACGAGAACAUGAAGUCCGGCCCAACCUCCGAGAGGAACUACGGCCUCUUCAAGCCGGAUGGCUCCCCGGCCUACUACAUUGGCUUCAACGGGACCGGCCUCCUUUCCACUUCCUCCAAUACCUCCACUACUCCUAGCAGCACUGGUAGUAGCAGCACCAGUAGUAGUAGUGUUCCUCCUGGCUCCUCCUCCUCCGGUGGUCCCACUUCUUCCACUGGCUAUUUAUCCAUCACCUCCGAUGCGGGAUUACAUGCCUUGCCCAGUGCAGUGCCGCACUUGUUACUGAUGAUUUGUUGGCUCGUAUUGUUGCUGGCCUUCCAACUUCCAAGAGAACAUUAGACAAAUCACAAUUGAGUAUUAUUGCCCCCACUGGAGAGAAGGGGGGGGGGGGGAGCAUCUUCAUUAUAUAGGCUUUGAGGGUUGGGGAAAAGAAUUGAGAUUCUCCUUUGAUCGAGUCUUUGAGGGCUUUGGCUGGCUUUUAUUUAUCAGAAGAGUAGUGCUACUAGUAGUGUAGUGGAGUGGCAUCAGCAGAACUAAGCACAGUAGUAGCCUCCUCUUAUGUUGUCUGUGGACCAUCAAAGUUUGCUGUGGACGACGGUAGCUGAGUCAGAGUGGCGCAUAAUCCUGGACACGGUUGUUGCCCACCAUCGUCUACUCUUCCUUCCUGUAUUCUUUCAUUUAUUUAUUUGCACUUAUUGUUGGUAUUUUACCCAUUACCCCAUCACUUAUUAUUGGUUAUUUCUAUUGUCAGACGGUCAGAAGAACUACUAGGGAGGGGAGGAUCCGAGUUAUGUGGAGCACUUUGCUGCUUUUUUUUUUUUUUUGGUUACGUAGGCAUCUAUUUGUAUUUGGCCACUAUUCACUACAAGGAGCAACAAUUACAAUUUGCUAUCCAUCCAAAUCGACAAAGCGCAUGUAGCAAUGCGCAAUUAGCGUAUUUACAGAA